AUGGAAGCCUGUGACUUGCAUGGUGGGCCAGUGGGGGAGGCACUUGUCCCUUCACAAGAGCCUGGAAGGGCGGACAGGGUCGUCCCGGAAGGCUACGACCAUCUCUGCGCCGGAGCAGUGACUGUGAGUUCGCAGGGGUUGGAGAGACCUUGGCAACCCGGAGUUGCUGCAGAGGGGAUUGCACAGCAAUCCAGUUCCUCGGGUCUGGCUUCUUCCGAAGUGUCGUCGCCAAGAGAUGCCGAAGGAGAUAGGCCAUGGAGCGGCGGCACAAAGAGAGCGCUUGGUGAGGACACGGCAGCAAGCGGUUGGAGCCAGAGUUCGCGGAGGGCUCAGGCCCAAAGUGCCACAUCGGCCUGCAACGAGGAGCUCUUCACAGAGGCAAUGGGCGCAGUGGGCCAAAGAAAUGCAGAGCUUCAUGGAAGUCGCCCCGAAGACGGUGACGCGCACGUUGGGCAGGUGCCGGAGGCAGCAGCCUGUUCGCAAAAGCCCGGCAGGGCCCGCACGGACCCAGACGGCGACGACCGCCAAGUCGCCGAGACACUCUGUGCCGGAGGGGGAUGCACAGCGAUCGACUUCUUGGUGUCCGUCAUCGUCGAAAUCAUCGUCGGUGACAGGAAGCUGCUUAGCGGCCACGGCAGCAAGCGGCGCGAGCCAGAGUUCGCGGACAGCUCAGAGCCCUUCACAAAGGCAAUGGGUGCAGUUGGCACAAGAAAUGCAGAGCUUCAUGGAGAGGGGACUGCCGGCAAUGUUCACCCCGUCCCACGGAGAACAGGAAGUCGCUCUGAAGACGGUGACGCGCAUGUUGGGCAGGUGCCGGAGGCAGCAGCCUUUUCGCAAAAGCCCGGCAGGGCCUGCACGGACCUCCCAGACGGCGACGACCGCCAAGUCGCCGAGACACUCUGUGCCGGAGGGGGAUGCACAGCGAUCGACUUCUUGGUGUCCGUCAUCGUCGAAAUCAUCGUCGGUGACAGGAAGCUGCUCAGCGGCCACGGCAGCAAGCGGCGUGAGCCAGAGUUCGCGGAUAGCUCAGAGCCCUUUACAGAGGCAAUGGGUGCAGUGGGCACAAGAAAUGCAGAGCUUCAUGGAGAGGGGAAUGCCGGCAAUGUUCACCCCGUCCCACGCAGAACAGGAAGUCGCCCUGAAGACGGCGACGCGCAUGUUGGGCAGGUGCCGGAGGCAGCAGAGCCCGGCAGGGCCCGCACGGACCCAGACGGCGACGACCGCCAAGUCGCAGAGACACUCUAUGCCGGAGGUGCUGCUGGCGGUUCGAAGGGCUCUUCUGGCCUGUUGCAAUCCGGGCUUGCUGCGGAGGCUUGCGCUGUGAGUGAGGGGGAUGCACAGCGAUCGACUUCUUGGUGUCCGUCAUCGUCGAAAUCAUCGUCGGUGACAAGUGCAGGAGGAGAUAGAUCAUGGAGUGGCGGCACAGCGAGAGUUCCUGGUGAACUUGUGGCGACGAGCACAGAUGAGACAGGUUGCCCGGGAGGCAUCGCGAUUCGCCUUGAGAAGGCUGAGCAUCAGACCGUCCCGCAGGUAUCAUUGACGCUGCCCAUCCCAGAGCACCUCGGAGACUCCAGCGAUGGCAGCUCGGAGGGCACCGAGACAGCCAGUCCCGUCUCAGUGCGGAGCCCUGCAAGCCGCGCAUUGGGCACGGUGGGCCUGCGAAAUGCAGAGCUUCAUGCAGGCAGUCACGUUGAAGGUGGGCAAGAGCCUGGCGGUGCCGGUGCGGUCACGGAAGGUGCCGGCGCUGGGUGUGGGAGCCCUUGGCCACCCGGGCUUGCUGCGGAGCCUGGCCCCGGAAGAAAUGCGCUGCCGUCUUCGG